AUGCCUGUCGGAGUGACGGAAUCGACAUUUCUCAUCUUGACCAGUGUCGUCAUGUCCUCCUUCGUGAUAGCCAAUGCUUAUCUUCAAAAGCAGCAAUUCUAUCCCUCUGUGGUGUACAUUACCAAGUCAAAUGCAUCAAUGGCUAUUAUUUACAUACAAGGACUCGUCCUUGUACUGCUUCUGGGGAAGUUGUUUCGAAAGAUAUUCUUUGGCCAAUUACGAACCGCCGAAAUGGAGCAUCUCAUUGAGCGAUCGUGGUACGCCGUCACUGAAACAUGUCUGGCAUUUACCGUCUUCCGUGACGACCUGUCACCGAAAUUCGUGGCUCUCUUCACUUUACUUUUGUUUUUAAAAUGUUUCCAUUGGCUCGCCGAAGACCGAGUUGACUACAUGGAACGAAGCCCUAAUAUUUCCCUUCUCUUUCACAUACGUGUUACUUCUUUACUUUCAAUUCUCGGCCUUUUGGAUUUGUCUUUCGUUUAUAUGGCCUACUACAGCACUCUCACCAAAGGUGCUUCAGUUCAGUUGGUUUUCGGCUUUGAGUACGCUAUUCUCUUUGCCAUCAUGCUGAACAUUUCGAUGAAGUACGUUCUUCACUUUUUCGAUCUGUACAACGAGAACCCAUGGGAAGAUAAGGCAAUCUACCUGCUGUACACUGAGCUCAUUAUGGGUUUUCUCAAAAUCUGUCUCUACUUUAUCUUUAUCAUGAUUAUGAUGAAAAUUCAUACCUUUCCUCUCUUUGCAAUCCGGCCAAUGUACCUUACGAUUAGAGGUUUCAAAAAAGCUCUUAACGAUGUCAUCAUGUCUCGACGAGCCAUCCUUAACAUGAAUACUCUGUACCCAGAUGCUACGACGCAAGACAUUGAAAACUCUGACAAUGUUUGCAUCAUUUGCAGAGAAAACAUGCUUGGCAAUGGCACCUGCAAGAAGCUCCCCUGCAACCACAUAUUUCAUGUUACCUGUCUACGAUCCUGGUUUCAGCGCCAGCAAACUUGCCCUACUUGUCGUAUGGAUGUUCUUCGCACUGGAAGCAACCAAGCGAACCAAAAUAAUAAUAACGCCAACAACGCCAAUAACGCCAAUAACAACGCAAACGACGCGAAUGCUAACAAUAACGCAAAUAUCGCAAAUGGUCCAAUACGACCCCUUCCUCCGUUUAUGUUUCAGCACUUUCAACAGCUGUUCAACAAUCGCCCCAAUAACCAGAACGAUCAAAACGCUGCCGGCGCCUCAAGUGGACAGGCAGCCUCUAGUUCAGCAAACAACAACACCGCCCCUCCGAUGCCACCUCUUCCGCCCAUGAACUUUCACGCCGUAAUGCUUCCCUUUCUUCAGUCGCCUCUCUUCCAGGCGCCACAGUUGCCAGCAAAUGAGGCUCUACUGCAGGGACUGUCUGAUCAAGAGCUGCGAUUGCUUGAAGGCUCAGAGCGACGGAACAUCGAAGCGAGGCUGAAAUGCCUGAUGGAAGUGAAAACGCUCAUCGAUUCGGCCACCAGUCGUCUUCAACAGUACCAUACUGCUCUGAACAACACUCCGAAUAGUGUUGCAGUGGCCACACAAACUGAAACUACAACUGAGAGUUCAAGCGAUGCAGAGUACAAAGAACUACUUGGUGCCAAACAUGGCGAAGCUGAAAAUCGGUUGAUUAUGUCAAACUUUCUUGACCGACGGCGAACGGACCAAAGAUCGGGUCGAGAUGAGUCCGGUGAAGACUCGAAAGAGUCAAGAGAGUCGAGUGAGUCAUCGGAGCGAAGCUCCAAUGAAACAAGUAGUUGUGGCUCUUGCUGGGCGUUUGCUUCCCUUGGUGCCCUCGAGAGUGCCUAUCUAAUAAAGGGAAAGACAAACAGUAAAAAGUUUGAUCUGAGUGAGCAGGAGCUGUUAGGCUGUGCACGAAAGAACGGUUGCAAAGGCGGCACUUCAGUGGAUGCCUUCAACUACAUUCUCAACAAUGACGGAGUCACUGAUGAGAGUUCUUUGCCCUAUGACAAGAAAGAGAAAUGCGAUAAGCGAAAGAAGAAAAAGGUGGCCAAAGUUGAAGACUACUGUCUGCGUGGAGUCUACGCCAAGGUGAAUGGCAAACCCGAGCAACUAACUGAUGAGCAGAUAAUGCUUGUCGUAAGAGAAUUCGGUCCGGUCUAUGCUACCAUCAAUGCUGAUCAUGUGGCAGUGAAGCACCUCAAAUCGGGCGUCUACAACUACAAAAAGUGCCCCAAAGAAACAAAUCACGCCGUUUUAAUAACUGGCUGGGAUAAGAAGGCAUGGCUUAUCAAGAAUAGCUGGGGUAAAAAGUGGGCCAAUUCUGGAUUUUUCCGAAUGAAACGCGGAAGCAACCUCUGCGGUCUUAACACCUACAUUACGUAUCCAAUUUUGUAA